UAUUGCCUCCUCCUUCCCUCUCCUCUCCUCCUCUCGUCUCGCCCUCCUCCUCCCCACCUCCACAACCCAACCCCACCCCCACCCCCACCUCCUCGCGGAGAUCCCCCUCCUCGCCGCGCUCCCCGCCGGAAUCCGCGGCGAGCGGCGAGCGUCCCGAGCCCCGGAUCGCCGGGAACCGCGCCGGAUCCCGCGGGGGCUCGGCCGCCGCGAGCGAGCUCUCCCCGGCGGCGUUUCCCCGGCAGAUCCGAUCCGAGGAAUCCUAUCGCGAGGGCGUUGGCGCUGUUGGGCGGGGUGGGGGGAAAAACUUCUGCAGAGGAGGAGGAGGAGGAAUUGGGGGGAGGCCGUGGCGACGCCUAGGUCCCUUGCGCCGUGGACGCCAUGAUUGAGCAGUUCGUCAAUUUCGUCAUCCGGCCGCCCCGGUCAGAGUAUAAUCCAGAUCAGUAUUUAUGGGAGACGGAGUUUAUCCUUGCUGGGCGCAAGUACAAACGACUAGACUUGGAGCUUACGAAUGCAAGAGGCCUUACAAUAAAAUGCAGCCACUAUGUUCCUGCUUUCAUUCCAGAGAAUACUUCUCUUCCAUGUGUGAUUUACUGCCAUGGAAAUAGUGGAUGCCGGGCAGAUGCAAAUGAAGCUGCUGUUAUACUGCUUCCUGCAAAUAUCACUGUUUUUACACUUGAUUUUUCCGGGUCAGGUCUAUCAGGUGGAGAUUAUGUAAGCCUUGGUUGGCAUGAGAAAGAGGACCUAAAAUGUGUGGUGUCAUACCUACGGACCACUAAGCAAGUUUCCUGUAUAGGCCUUUGGGGGCGAUCGAUGGGUGCUGUUACAAGCCUACUCUAUGGAGCAGAAGAUUCCUCGAUUGCUGGAAUGGUAUUGGAUAGUGCUUUCACUAACUUAUAUGGCUUGAUGAUGGAGCUUGUGGAUGUCUACAAAAUCCGGGUUCCUAAAUUCACGGUUAAGAUGGCUGUUCAGUAUAUGAGAAAGAUCAUUCAGAAGAGAGCUAAGUUUGACAUAAUGGAUCUUAAUGUUUUACAGUUCGCUCCCAAGACGUUUAUUCCUGCAUUGUUUGGUCAUGCUUCAAAUGACAUGUUCAUUCAGCCUCACCACUGUGAUCGUAUUCACCAGGCGUAUGGGGGGGAUAAAAGUAUAAUAAAAUUUGAGGGUGAUCACAACUCCCCAAGACCUCAAUCAUAUUAUGAUUCAGUUUCAAUGUUCUUCUAUAAUACUUUGCAUCCUCCUCAAUUGCCUGUGAAAUGCUCCAAUAAUCUAGGUGCUUUCAAAGUUGGCACGGUGACCAAUGAGAGUUUCAUUUUUGAGAUCAUUAGUGGUCUACGAGGAGCUGGAACCAAUUCAUGCAGUUCAUCAAUAGAUGCAUCGAAAUUUCCAAAUGCUACAACACCAGUAGUUGAAUUGCUGUCAGAGAGUGUGAAUCAGCUGUCCAUUAAGAAUGACAGUGACUUGGAUUUUCUUUUAGACGAGAAUCGCACCCUCUCAGAAAUUGAUGGUGAUAGUGCUGGGUCACGCUUGCAGGACAAAUCAAGUGGGCACAAUGAGGAAUCCUGCUCAUGUACAAGCUCUAACAGAGAAAGUUGGGGUAGAUGUUCCUCUUUAGGGGGAGCUAGUGACGACUCAUUCCCUGGCGAUAUUAGUGAUAAGCAAGAGAAUAUGACUGUAAAGGCUCUGGCAACACCGCUAAGACAGAAAGACAGCAAAUCGACAACCCCAAAAACAAAGGAGAAGAAGAAGUCACUAUGGAAGAAGCUUAACCGUGAGAGGGCAGGGGUGGGUGAUAGUCUAUCGCAACGUUUGAAGAUGUGCCUCAGUCAUUCUUCUCGUCACAAGAGAGUCAAAUCAUCUGGGAUAGUGUAACAACUUAUUAGCCUUGACAAAGUCCAUCUCAACGAAUCACUGACACUGAUCAGUUCCGUGAACACCGAAUCGCCUUGAUUUGAUUCUGACUUACCUGCUGGCACUACCAGUGCCAGAUUGUAACUUGUAACACUGGUGAGUACAUACUCGAUUGCCAUGGCUCGUGUCAAGCUUCGCAGGAGCCCAUGAGAUUGAGCGACACGCCCUUGUAUUUGCUGUCUCCUGUAAUUGCGAUCUCUGGCUCGCUGUUUAUUUUCCUUUUACCACUUGAAUGCUGUAAAUUACAAUGCUGUAGUGCAAGAGUGCGACUGCAGCUUGUUGGUGA